UCUCAUCUCAAGUGCAAAAAUUUUUAGGGAUUUCAAGCAACUCGAACAGACCUAUUAUCAUACAUUGAUCUAUGGGUGCUGUCGAACUUGUCGAUGGUCUCGAAAAAAACUACUAAAAAAGAUAGAUUCACAGAUUGUAUAAAAUAAAUUUUAAGCUGAUUACGCGGCCACGUGUGAACGUGAAGCGAGAGCGAAUUGACGCGACAAGAGACGCAAUAAAACGCAAAUAUGGGCCGCAAAAUACCAGGAAAGAGACAUCGAGGUAUCAAGGAUCCGGAGCAGCAGCGUGUCAAACGUCUGGCAGAGUUAGAGUUAUGUACGAAUACGGCGCCAAAAAACGCAGACGAGCAGAUCAUUCCGAAGAGUUUGGAGCGUAUAAUUAAAUUAAAGGAAGCUGCGAGGACUGACGGUGGCAUCUCGAAAAAGAGACAAAGGAAAAAAAGUAGACUUAUCUGCGUAGGGCUGCAGCAUCAGAGACCAAAUCACCCGAAAGCAAAGCUGGAAAAGACUGUACCAGUGUUUCAGCAGCGACCAGGCGAAUCUGGUAAACAAUUCAUGCACAGGGUAUCUAGAGAUACGCACGAUUUUCUUAACGAAGUAGCAUUUGAAAACAAGUACGGCGUCCAAAUUGAACGGGAUUUGAAUACUGGUAAAAUUCAAGGACUAACAAAAUGCAAACCUAAAAAGGAUGAUGUACAAGUGUUAGGAGCCAAGCAUAAGAAUAUUAAUAAGAAAAGGAAGACAAUUAAAAGCUCUGUAACAAAAAAUGAUAAGCGGAAAUUGAAAUUACAAAAGAAAGAAAAAAAGCUGGAAAACUAUGACGAGUUUGAGAGAUUGCAAGAUAAGGUUGUCUUUGGUGAAGUUGCCCAUGAGCCUCCUAGAUUAAAAAUUAAAUUGAAAGAAAUGAAUGAGAAUAGAAAGCCAAAGAAUUUAUUAUUGAAUUCGUUGUUGGAAGGUUCUAAAAAGGGUUCUUUCGUCUCCAAAGUGAUAAACCGAUCUGCAAGAAGGAAAUACUUGUCUGAAAUGGAAAGAAGAAGACUAGAGAAGCAACAGAGUGAAGUUGUUGCAGCCUACAGACAAUUGAAGUCUCAGCGAUUGGCUAAUAGAAGCUGUUAGGGUAUGUUUAAAAUAUACAAAAACAAUAAAUUGUGCUUUAAUAAAGCAUAUAUUUUUCUUUUUCAAAAA